AUGCCGGGUCAACAGCACAUGCAAACGCAACCAAACCUAGAGCGCGAACGCGACUUUCGCGAAGAUAGAGAGAAAGAGUCGUUGCAGAGACAAUUGGAUGAAGCGGCCACUCGAGACACCGAAGCUCGGGAGCGCGAAAUGCGCCAGCGGCAGCAGCAAGAACGAGCGCAGCACGAGAAUCACACUGGGCCGAUACAUCUCCACCAGCCGGUCGCAGUACCUCCACAAGUGCGCGCAAUGCAUGGGCCGAAUGGUUUGCUCGGUAACGCAGCCAUGAAUGGACCGAACCAUUUGGGUGGACAGCUUGGUGCGCCCAAUGGGCCUGGGAACCUUUUCAGCGGCAAUCCUCCGCAGCAGCCUGGGCAGGCACAGCAGACCUUGAUGGUUCCGUUUGGCGGCGCCCAGGGGGUUCAGCAAGCAUCUUCGGGUAUGGGCCAGGGCCAACAGCCGAUAUUGAACGAUGCCUUGAGCUACCUUGACCAAGUGAAGGUCCAGUUCGUCGCACACCCAGAUGUAUACAACCGAUUCUUGGAUAUCAUGAAGGAUUUUAAGAGCGGAGCAAUCGAUACUCCAGGCGUUAUCGAUCGGGUGUCGUCGCUUUUCGCCGGGAAUCCAAACCUGAUUCAAGGAUUCAACACUUUCCUGCCUCCAGGAUACAAGAUCGAAUGCGGCACAAGAGAUGAUCCCAAUGCCAUCAGAGUGACUACACCGAUGGGCACGACCGUAUCAGCGAUGCCAGUCGCUCGGCCAUUCUCCCCACAAGGCGUACCGGUCAACGGCAACGGACCAGCUCUCAGCGAGAGGCAGCUCUUCGGUGGUGCGGGGCGAGGUCCAGGCGGAAUCUGGCAACCUCACCAGCAAGGGGCUGCAAUGUCCCAAGAUGCUAUCUUCAGUCCGGAUAUGCGUGCUCUUGAGCAGUCGACCUUCGGUGGUCAGCUGGCACAGAGCAACCAGGCGCAGUUGUCGUCACCGGAAGCGCAAACGCGUGAGCAACAAGCCGCUGCAAGCGCCGUGGCCUUGGCCCAGCACCAGCAGGAACAGAGGGGUGUUUCCCAGUUGCAGAAUGCUGUCUCAGCAGCGACAGGUGGAGCGUUGCCUCGGCCAGGUAUGAUGUCUCCGUCGGCAGACAUGUCUACGCCUCUUCCUGGUCAGGGCGUGAAUGGCAUCGGUCUUGCUGCUCAGCAUGGUGUGCAGGGAGCCAUGGAGAAGCGUGGUCCCGUGGAGUUCAACCACGCGAUUAGCUACGUCAACAAGAUAAAGAAUCGGUUCGCCUCCCAACCGGAUAUUUACAAGCAGUUCCUUGAAAUUCUGCAGACAUAUCAGCGAGAGUCUAAGCCAAUUCAAGACGUUUACGCUCAGGUUACUCACCUGUUCAACUCGGCGCCUGACCUGUUGGAAGAUUUCAAACAGUUCCUUCCGGAAUCGGCAGCGCAGGCGAAAGCAGCAGAAGCGCAGCGACGCGCAGCGGAGGAGGGUGUAAUGCUCAGCAACAUGCGGGGCGAGCCCAGCUAUCAGGCGCAAGUUCAGCAGAUGCAGCAAACCCCACGUGCGGACCAGCCGCGCCUUCCUCCCAUGGGGAACUUUGCGCCUACCCCAACUGCGAACCGGGAGAACAAGCGGAAGCGUCCUGACCGGCAAGGAGCAGCAGCCGGCUCAUCGACCAUGGCAUCCAUGACUGCUGAAGCGAGCGGUGCGCCAAUGAGGACUGGUUUCAACCAGGGUGGUAAUGCUAGUAAGCAUCAACAUGGCGCAAAGCAAGCGGCGCCAGCGGACGUUCCGGCUGUGUCACCUACGCUCACGCCUGCUUUGCCCGAACCGCUUCCGCCGACAAGCUCUUCUGGAGCGUCCACGGAUGAACUAAACUUCUUCGACCGCUGCAAGAAGUUCAUUGGUAAUAAGAACACCAUGAACGAGUUCCUCAAACUUUGCAACCUUUUCUCAAUGGACCUGAUUGACAAGAUGACUCUGGUUCACCGCGCUCAGAACUUCAUCGGUGGCAACCCCGAGUUGAUGGCCUGGUUCAAGAAGUUCCUGAACUAUGACGGAAAGGACGAGCUGAUUGAGAACGUGCCGAAGGCCCCUAACAGCCGGGUGUCUCUAGCGAACUGCCGUGGAUAUGGCCCGAGCUAUCGCCUAUUGCCAAAGCGAGACACGAUGAAGCGAUGCAGCGGCCGGGACGAGCUCUGUCGUUCCGUGCUCAAUGAUGAGUGGGCCUCUCACCCUACGUGGGCCUCAGAAGACUCUGGCUUCGUUGCGCACCGCAAGAACACGUACGAGGAUGCACUACACCGCAUCGAAGAAGAGCGCCAUGAUUACGAUCACAACAUCGAAGCAUGCACAAAGACUAUCCAGCUACUUGAACCGAUCGCCCUGCAUCUCAAGAUGGUGAGCCCGGAAGAGCGGCUCAAUCAGACCCUACCAGAAGCGCUGGGAGGCGCAAGCACAACAAUCUACAAGCGCGUACUCAUGAAGAUAUAUGGUCGUGCUAUAGGCCAGCAAGUCGUUGAUCAGCUCUUCGCUCAGCCAUACUUGACCGUGCCCAUUGUCCUCAGCAGGCUCAGACAGAAGCAGGAAGAAUGGAAGGCGGCUCAGCGCGAGUGGGAGAAAGUCUGGCGAGAGCAAACGCAAAAGAUCUUCUGGAAGAGCCUGGAUCAUCAGAGCCUCAACGCGAAGCAAGCGGACAAACGCCAGUUCCAAACCAAGGUUCUUCAGAGCGAGAUUCAGGUCAAGUUUGAAGAGCAAAAGCGACAGCGAGAGGUUCAAGGCAUUCCAAACGUUCCCAAGUACCAGUACGAGUGGUCUUUCGACGAUCCGGAUGUUCUACUGGAUGCCUGCCGGCUUCUCCUGAUCUUUGCGGAGCAUUCCUUCUCUACUGACUAUCCGCGGCUCACCACCUUCAUCAAGGAGUUCGUCCCUCUGUUCUUCGGCCUGGACCCCGUCAGUUUCGAGCAGCAUAUCGAGCGGUCGCCUGUAGAGACGCCAUCUAUUGAAGCAGCAGACGAGGACACACCUGGACCAGAUAACGGUCCGGCCUCUCCUCGACCUCACAAGACUAACGGCAAGCGGACCAAUCUGCUGCGCGGUGUACUCGACCGCGGCCGCAAGCUUACACGGCACGACAACGACGACAGCAUCACUUCAAGCCGAGGAAGCACGCCCGACAUCGGAUCGGCAAUGGAUGAGGAUACGGCAGGUGGCAUUGAUACACCUGCCACCAAUGGCAACACCGCAACCGCCGGCACCGAACGAUGGCUUGAGCAUCCUGUUGGAGGCAACAUUCUCAACCGAGAGGACAUAGCUCCAAACGAGCCCUACCGUCGAACCAAAUACAACAUGUAUGGCAAUGUCACAAUCUACUGCUUCUUCCGGAUGUUUGUCAUCUUGUACGAACGCUUGUACAGAUUGAAGCAGGCCGAAGAUAAAGUGCACGAGACGGUCCGCCGAGCAAAAGCCCACAAGCCGGCCUUCGACCUUCGCAUGGUGGACAAGCUCCCUCAGGAUUUCUUUGAGGACACCAGCCCGACCACCAACUACUACCAGCAGAUCCUUAAGAUGUUCGAGGAUCAGAUCAGGACGAACUUUGGAGACAUGGCUCUGGUGGAAGACACAUUGCGUCGGUUCUACCUCCACGCUGGCUGGCAGAUGUACACUGUCGACAAGAUGCUCAGCGCUCUCACUCGGUUUGCCAUUGGGGUGCUCAGCAGCGAUGCCAAGGACAAGACCUGGGAAAUCUACCAGCUCUUCAAGAAGGACCGUGUGCGGGAGGAAACAACACAUCAGGAUGAACUCAAUUACCGGAAGCAAGUCGACCGGUAUGCCAAGGACGGAGAGAUCUACCGUGUUAUUUACGUAAGUCGAAAUGACCAACCCGCGAGGAAGGCCUUCGUGCAGAUCUUCAAGAAAGACGAUGGGACCUUCGAUUCACACGCUCUCAGUCCUGAACGAAGAUGGCAAUACUACGUCAACUCGUACACAAGCGUCGAUCCCACCGAAGGCGUCAGGCACGACAAAGUCAACAUCCCUUUCCUCCGCGGCAGACUAGGCCGGACGCUCGACAGCGACGACGCAGCUCCUUUGCCGCUCCCACAGCAGAUGUUCGAGGAGAACCUCACCGCUCGCAUCAUUGUCGAGACGUUCGGCGCCCGAUUCGAGCCGAAGACGGCUGAUAUUUUGACGAGGAACGAUACCACGCAGGUCUCGCAGGCUGAUGCUGAACAGAUCGCCGAGGAGCGCUUCGAGAAGGGACAUGAGAAAUUGGAAGUCAACAACAUCUGGAUGAAAGACCUCAGUAAGGACGAAGUCGAUGCAAAGAAGCAGGAGUUUGCCCAGCGGAUCAGCGCUGGUCAAAUUGAGGGUGCAGGCGACGCUCGCGAGGAUGAAGAAAUGAUGGAUGCUUGA